AUGAGAACUGCAAAUUCAAAUUAAGGGUAAUCGACUCUCCCAGAUUCUAAUGAAAUUAAUGAGUACAUCAGGGAGUACUUGAGAUACUCAAACUAUUCCAAUACCCUGGAAUGCUUUGAUGCAGAAAUAAAGAGUAAAUAGGUCUCCAAUAAAAUGCUAAACAAAUAAUAAGUUAUCAAAUAAACAGGGGAGGAUAUGCCUCGCAUAUUUUAAUUGCUAAAAAGCGAUAAUAACAAAACAAAAAGAGAAAUCAACUUGGAGAAGGAGUAAAAGUAAUUUAAUAAAAAAUACCAAUAAAUUCUGUAAGCAGGCAGACAAAUAUUUUCAGUUAGCAUAAAUUUGUUACAAUUAUUGCAUUCAUUAAAAGAGACAGCUAAAAAUGAAAAUCUAAGCGAAACUUUAGAAAACUAUAAAAUAUAAUUGGGAAAAUACCAUAAAGUUAUUAUAAAUGAAGGGAAGCCAGAAGGCACAGAAUUGAUUACUGAAUAAGUCAUGCAUGAACAUAAAACUAAGCUAUUUAAAAACUACUAGGAUAAACAUGUAGAUGGAAUGAUAGAGGUUUUGUUAUCAUUGAGAGUAAAUGCGUUAUAAAUUGCACCAGAAUUAAGAAAAAACUUAGUCUAUGAAUUGAUAAGAAAUGAUGUAUUUAACAUUGAAGCCACAGACAAAUUUGAUUUCGUUGUUCAUUUGUUGGAUAUCAAUAAUCAAAGUCUCAGACAUGCAAUAACUAGUUUAAUCAGUGUGAUUAGCAGCACAUUGAGAGGCGUUGAGUACUUAACUUAUAAUGGAAAUAUGAUAAUCAUUGAAAAGAUUAUAAAAAUCUUAAAAGAACAGGAAAACGGUUCAGUAACACAGAGAUUCUGUUUAGCCAUUUUAUAGAAAGCAAGUAUUAAAGAUACAGUUAUUCCAACUUACGUUCAAAAUGAGAUGAUCUAAUGGAUUAUUAAUCUCAUUCAAAAGUCAGUUAAUAGCAAAAUUCACGUAUUUUGUCUUGAUUUUGCUUCAGCUACAUUAGCUAAUAUCAUUCAUACUCCUUAUACCUUGCAAUAUUUAGAACAUCAACCACGAUUUGCUCAUUAAGUAAUGGAGUAAUUGUUAAAGUUUAUAAAAGAUUAGAUAUAAGUGUCAGUACUUAUGCAUGUUUUGAUUUGUUUAUCUUAUUUAAGUAAGGAGAACUUUGCUAAAUAAAUGGAAGAAUGUAGAUUCGUGGAUAGAAUAAGCUAAUUUGUUGAAUUUUAUAGUGUCAUUAAUACUGAAAAUGAAGCAGCAGAAAUUGAUAAAAAAACAGUUUUAGAUUUAUGUGCUCAUAUGUUUCAUCCGAAAGAUACUUCUUUAGAUAAUUCUGAAACUCUAGAGUUAAAUGAACUAAAAACUGAGGAUAGAAUCAGAGAAUACGAGAAUGAGUAAGGGGAAUUAAUCUUUGAAUGUUUUCAAGAUGAAGUUAGUUGA